AUGGCCCCUCGUUUUUGGACUGCGCUUUGGGCGCUUACUUUUGGCCAUGCCGUUGUGGCUGCGCCACAGAUAUUGGCUCCUCGUGCGACAGGUAGUUUGGAUACCUGGUUGGCGUCUGAGACUGUGGUGGCAAGACAGGGUAUCUUGGACAACAUCGGAUCGGCUGGUGCCCAUGCUGCCAAUGCAAAGCCGGGCGUUGUACUCGCCAGCCCGAGUACCUCCGACCCUGACUACUAUUAUACUUGGACUCGUGACUCGGCGCUGGUGUUCAAAAAUCUGGUCGACAUGUUCAGGAACGGCGACAGCGCUUUGUUGGAGGUUAUCGAAGAAUACAUCAGCUCGCAGGCCUAUAUACAGACGGUGUCAAAUCCAUCUGGAGGCCUUUCCGGCGGCGGUGGAUUGGGAGAGCCCAAGUUCAACGCCGAUGAGACAGCUUUCACUGGCUCUUGGGGUCGCCCUCAGCGUGAUGGACCAGCCUUGCGAGCCACUGCCUUGAUCUCAUUUGGCCAAUGGCUUAUUGACAAUGGGUACACCACCUAUGCGACCGACAUUGUCUGGCCUGUCGUGCGCAAUGAUCUCUCCUAUGUAUCCCAGUACUGGAAUCAGACCGGAUUUGAUCUCUGGGAAGAAGUUUCUGGCUCAUCAUUUUUCACCAUCGCGGCUCAGCACCGCGCUUUGGUGGAGGGAAGCACUUUCGCGAGCCAAGUGGGUUCCUCAUGUUCGUACUGUGACUCCCAGGCUCCACAGGUUCUGUGCUUCCUACAGUCCUUCUGGACUGGAUCUUACAUUCUGGCCAACUUUGGUGGUGGCCGCUCUGGGAAAGAUGCCAAUACCCUGCUCGGCAGCAUUCACACAUUCGACCCAGAGGCAGGAUGCGAUGACACCACAUUCCAGCCUUGCUCAGCACGAGCACUCGCAAACCACAAAGUUGUGACUGACUCGUUCCGAUCGAUCUACUCCGUUAACUCUGGUAUCGCCGCGGGUAAGGCUGUUUCUGUUGGUCGAUACCCAGAGGACUCCUACUACAAUGGUAACCCUUGGUACCUGUGCACUUUGGCUGCAGCUGAGCAGUUGUACGAUGCUAUCUACACAUGGGACCGUAUUGGUUCUUUGACCAUUACCUCUGUCUCAUUGAGCUUCUUCAAGGACCUGUACAGCUCUGCUGCGACCGGCACCUACUCCUCAUCCAGUGAUACAUACUCCUCGAUCGUGGCCGCUGUAAAGGAAUAUGCGGAUGGAUAUGUUAGCAUCGUGGAAAAAUACGCUGCAUCAAGUGGCUCCUUGUCCGAGCAAUUCUCCAAGUCAGAUGGCUCGCAGCUGUCAGCUCGUGACUUGACUUGGUCCUACGCAGCCCUACUUACUGCCAACGAGCGUCGAAAUGCCAUAGUCCCUGCACCAUGGGGUGAGACAUCUGCCAGCAGUGUCCCUGGGCAGUGCCAAUAUACUUCGGCCAUUGGUACUUACAGCAGCGCAACAAACACCGCUUGGCCUACCACUUUGACUAGUGGAUCUGGCAGUGUGACUACCACCAAGACGACUACCACUACAUCGAAGACCACCACGACAACAACAUCAUGCACCACUCCGACCGCUGUUGCAGUGACAUUCAAUGUGAUCGCUACUACUGAAUAUGGCCAGAACAUCAAACUUGCUGGAUCUAUCUCUCAACUUGGCUCGUGGUCGCCGAGCAGUGCUAUUGCAUUGAGCGCUUCCAAAUACACCACGAGAAAUCAUCUGUGGUUUGUGACUGUGACACUUCCAGUGGGUACUAGCUUCAGCUACAAGUACAUCCAGGUGGCGAGCGAUGGCACUAUCAAGUGGGAGAGUGACCCCAACCAGUCGUAUACCGUUCCUGCCACGUGUGGUACUACUGCUGUCACCAUCAGUGAUACAUGGAGGUAG